CCACGAAAGAAAUGCCUGGUGAAUUGCUCAAUAUGCAGGAUGAAAAAGAUGCCAAGUUCUUGUGCUCAUUCCUUCCGGCAGAGCAAGGAGGGGGAAAAGCAAGCUGCUCUUGGGCAAGAGCCCUUUUCACUUUUCUCCAGAUUCCUCUCUUGUCCCCUUUGCUGCUCGACUGACAUGGAGAAGCUCGUGCACCUCAUAUUCUUGGUCUUCUUGUCAGCAUCCUGUGCUGCAGAGAAUGUCACUGUGGUGUAUGGAAUGGAGGGGGGCACUAUUUCUGUCAACUGCACCUAUAACCCCUGGCAGCAGCGGUGGAGAGAAAAGAGCUGGUGCAAGCAGAUCGAUGAGACCAAGUGCCAACAUGUGGUGAGCGCCCGACGCUUCUGGCUGCCAUUCUUAAAGAACAGGAAUGGCACCACCUCCAUCAGUGACAAUGUCCGUGAUGGGGUCCUCACGGUGACCAUGAAGCAACUCAAGAAGCAGGAUGCUGGGUUGUACCAAUGCAAAACUGACUACCUGGGGGAAACAAACAGCUUAAUGAAGGUGCAAGUGGAAGUGCUGACAGCUGUCCUGGAGACCCAAAUGCCAGAGGAGCCUAGUGCUGUGCAGAGCAUCUCCAGCAUCCCUCCUGAAGCUGAUUUCACUGUCUUCUAUAUCAUUGUUGGAUUCCUGGUUAUUAAGUUCGUGGUGGCUGUGCUGAUCUUUAUCACUGGCAACAGUAGGAAGAACAGAGAAACAGAGCAGAAGAAUCCAAGCUUGAAUGAGCAGCAGGUCCUCCCUUUCGCUGGUGACAUUGCACAUGAUGGAAUCAGCCCCUCCUGGGAGAGCACUGCUUAGAGCCAAACCAAAGGGAAUCCACAGAGAAAUGAACAUCAAGCCUUUGAAGGCAAAGCUUUGCCACCUGCGGUAAGAAAAGGAUCGCCUACUAACCAUAGGUAUUGAUGAACCUAUCACUCUAGAAAGGGAAUGUCACCAUCUACCACCUCUUGUCAUUGGCACUGACCAACUUUUUCCAACACAACUGAACUGAAAAGAUGCUGCCAUUAACACCUGAACCUAAUGGAAGAGGAUGGGAUCGAAGGCCAGAGGGAAAGGAGGAAUAUGAAGUCUUUCUGUCAAGAGAUCCAGCACAGACUUAUUUAUCUCUAUCUGCAGAGAUGCCUCCCCAGGCAUGGUAAAGGUGAGAGAGGUCUGCUCCAUUUUCCCCCAGCUUAUUGCUAGGCCAGAAAAAACUUUGCUGCUCUAUCCAGCUACUGGCAAAUGCUUUGUUAUAAGUAAAACUACAGAUACACCCGCAAACAUAACUAGAAGUUCAGGUAACACAUCUCAAUGAUCAUGUGUUGAGCAACUCACACACACAUCCACAUAAUGUAAAAACGGAAAGACAUGGUUCUGUCUCAAACCUCAAAGAAACUUCUCCUGAUUCAUUGAAGAUCAGCAUUAAAGAACUAAUAGCUUUUUUCAAGGUGUCCUACAUGUCUCUACAAAACACUCAAAUGCUUCCCCUGAAGCAUGAAAUAUAACCAGAACUAGAUGGUUUGUAUUGAAAGCUAAUACAGUUUGUCUAAAAAUCAGCUUUUUAACUGAGAUUCUACUCACUAAAGACUGAAGCUUUUGACAUGCUUUUGGCAAUGCCAUGCUCUGCUAUCAUCUCCAGUCACUGCCAGUAGCUACACCACACCUCCAGGCAGAGUUAUUCCAGAUACUCAUCCCAAGUAUCAUUCCACAAGGGUCUGCACGGAGACCAAUCAACUUCAUGUCAUCCCAGAGCACUGCCAGAUGAGAGAUUCUGUCUUUCCAAGGUGAUGGAGACUAGCUCCCCAAAACUGCCUCAGACAGCGUGGAUCCUUGGUGAAUAGUCACUGUGGAAACGCAUAAGGAACUGCAGAACACAACAGAAAGGGAUGUGAAGUCUACAUGCAGCUCUGAGUGUGCUUCCUCAUUUCUAAAAUGACUUUGUGAACAAAGAAUGAACUGUCUCUCUGUAUUUCUCCCUGUAUUUUUUCUACCCUCUCAUGGGGAUGUUACCAACAUGUGAUCAUUGUUCAUCACUCCCCAAAGUGAAGCUGCAUUUAGCUCUCCCAGGAAGAUCCCGAAACCAAGGGCAUUCACACUUCUUUUCCCUGCACUGCCUGCAAAGCUAAAUAAAAUCAAACUGAUUAUCUGA